GUAAAUUCUAUAUAUAUAUAUAUAUAUGUGUGUGUGUGUGUGUGUGUGUAUAGAUAUACAGCUUAAGACCAUACUACUGAAGAUUGAAAACCAUCAAUAUUCAGAUCCUACAUAUAUAUAUGUCUUAUUUCUUAUAAACUUGUUUCCUUCUCUAGCCCACCAUUUUUUUAAUUUCCAUGUUGAUACUAAAAUAUAGUGAUAUCUAUAUAUUCUGCAUUUUAUAUAUCCAGUUAUUUUGACUCAUAAGAAAAGGUAGAUAGAGUGAGAUAUAAAAUCAGAAUUGCUCUUACAUUGUGGGUGAAUAUGAGCAGGUGGGAUGGUUACAAGCCUGCAAUGGCUAUGAUUGGGUUGCAAUGCAUCUAUGCAGGGCUUGCACUUUUCACAAGAGCUGCUCUUUUACAAGGAAUGAGCCCCAGGGUUUUCGUGUUCUACAGGCAAGCUAUAGCCACCAUUACCAUGGCUCCCAUAGUUUGUUACUCUAGAUGGAGAGAUCCGUGUAGAACACCAUUUGGAUUGAGGAGCUUUUAUCUGAUAUUUGUGAGCUCUCUUAUUGGAGUAACAGGCAACCAAAAUGCCUAUUUUGAAGGCUUAUUCUUAUCCUCUUCAACAAUAGCCACUGCAAUGACUAAUCUGAUUCCUGCAAUCACAUUUGUAAUGGCAGCCACAGCAGGAAUGGAGAAAGUCAUUCCAAGAAGCUUCAGUAGUAUUGCCAAGAUAAUAGGGACAGUGUUAUGUGUUGGUGGAGCCGUUUCCAUGGCAUUACUUAAAGGACCAAAGCUAUUAAAUACACAGUUUCUACCAUCAAUUUCUCUGUUUGGCAAUGGAGGUGAGAAUUUGCAGCUGGGUUGUCUGUUUCUUUUUGGUAGCAGCUGUUUCUGGUCCUUUUGGAUUAUUAUGCAGGUAGCAAUUUCAGAAAGCUGUCCUGACCACUUUUACUCAUCGAUUUGGAUGUGUUUUCUGUCAUCCUUUCAAUCAGCAAUAUUUGCAUUGUUCAUGGACAAUGACUUGGAAGCAUGGCAACUGAAUUCAGUCCUUGAAAUCGGGAGUUGUUUCUAUGCAGGACUUGCCACCGCGGUGACAUUUUAUGUUCAAGCAUGGUGCAUAUCGAAAAGAGGUCCGCUCUUCUCUGCAAUGUUCAACCCUCUUUGCACUGUUAUUACAACCAUUAUAGCUGCUUGUUUUCUACAUGAGAAUUUAUAUGUUGGAAGCUUAGUAGGAGCUUUUGCUGUGAUAGUUGGCUUAUAUAUUGUGCUAUGGGGUAAAGCAAAAGACCUUGAAGAUAGCAAACGUGACACAAAUCCAAAGCUGCCAUGUCAAGAACAGAGAAAAACUAUAGUUGUCUUGGUUGAUGAAUCUUCAGACAAAACAAAUGGUAAAAUUGAUUUGGAAGAACCACUUUUGCCUCAUCACUCAAAUCAAACUCCUCUUGCAGAUUGAUGAAUAAUAAGUGGAAAUUUGUUCCCAAUUACUUUCACAAUAAUGAAGAAGUGAAUAGGACCAAAACCAACUAAAUAGAGAGUUUAACCUGACAAGAAUUUCGUAUUAGAUUUCCAGAUGAACCUUUUGGUUUUUGGUUUUGCCAAAGUAAAAUGACAAUUUCCGUGCAUUAAGGCUCAGUUUGGGAUUGUUAUGGAUUAGAAAAGAAUUAACAAAAGCUCUAUUGAAGCAAUAAUUAUUUUUCUAGUAACUUUAUUA